UGUAUGAUCUCUUUGUUUUGUCCAAACAAAUGAACAACUCUGUUAUUAUUUUCAUUUAUUAAUUUUUGUUGAUUUUUCUUAUCACUGUUAAAUCUUUAUUUAUUUUAUAAUAAAAGUUUAAAACUUCUCGUUUGAACAACAUAGAGAGAGAUAAAACUCAAAUCAUCACUUCGUUCCGUACAGAUUAGUUAUGUACUAUGAACUUCUUUGAAAUUUUGGGUUUUACUGUGCUAAUUUACUGCGUAAUUUACUUUCUUCUAUGGAUCUUUUUGGACUGUAAUGUGGCACUUUGGUUGAAGAUACGUUUUGGUGUACACAUUUCCACCUUACGGGGUCAAGUGGUAUGGAUUACUGGAGCCUCCAGUGGCAUUGGUAAAGGUUUGGCUUUAAAUUUGGCUCGACAUGGUGUACGAUUAGUAUUAUCUGCCAGACGUGAAGCCCUAUUGGAAGAAGUGAAAGAAGAAUGUUUGGCAGAGGCUAAGGGACUAUUGGCGGCCAAAGAUGUCUUGGUGCUGCCCAUGGAUAUGCUUAAGUUGGAGACUCACAACCGCUGUCUGUUGGAGGUUUUAAAUUACUUUGGCAAAUUGGAUAUUUUGGUCAAUAAUGCUGGACGUUCCCAAAGAGCAAAUUGGGAAGACAUUGACAUUCAAGUAGAUCGUGAACUUUUUGAAUUGGAUGUAUUUUCCGUUUUGCAUCUCAGCCGUUUAGUAGUACACUAUUUUGUGGAGCAGGCUGGUGGCAAGGGUCAUAUAGCUGCUACUUCCAGUGUAGCGGGCUUAACUACGGUACCCUUUUCGGCCAGUUAUUGUGGUGCCAAACAUGCUUUAAAUGCCUAUCUACAAUGUUUAGCCAUGGAACAUCCUUCUUUGGAUAUUACCUUAUUCAAUCCGGGUCCAGUAGCCACAGAUUUCCUACAGGAAGCCUUUACCGCCAAACCCAAUAGCAAAGUGGGACAAAGUACCAAAAAUCAAAAACGUUUAACAGCCGACAGAUGCGGUUUUCUCUUCGCCACUGCUUUGGCUAAUAAAAUGGAAUUAGUUUGGUGUGGCCUGUUUCCAGUCAAUUUCCUGGCUUAUGUCUCACGUUAUACUUUGUUGAGUGCUAUACUUAAACAAUUUAUGACUCAAAAUACUUUAAAUAAAAUAAGAGAAGGUAAAAUUUAAAAGUGAUUAGAUGCCAUCAUAUUAAGUUCAAAGUUUGUCGUAAAAUUCCAAUUUUGAUCUACAAAAUUUGUAUGAAAUAAUCAAGCAUUUAAAUUUGUAUAAAAAAGCAAAUAAAUAUAAGAUGAAAAUGUAAGUCAGACAAAAGUUAAUUUCGAAUUUUAUUUAUUAACAAAAAUCUUAAUGCAUACAUCUAUCCACGGAUAUAAAAUGUAAUUUGUAUUCUAUUUUAAAAAUGACUAAUAAAUGUAUAUAACGAAAUA